AUGGACGAGGAUGAUACCCUUCUCGGCUAUGAGGGAGAUGCCUCCAAUCACAUGAUGCUCGGCGACGAGAAUGGUUUCGCGGCAAGGGGUCAAGACGGAGGAACCUUCAUAAUGGGCGCCCAGCCGUCGGCCGACCUGGUGGUGUGGGGCACCAACAUCAACAUCGUAAAGAUUCAAGAGGAUUUUAGCGAUUUCUUCAGCAGCUAUUGCGAGAUGGGCAAUUCCGAGCCGCUCUACCUUGGCCUGCUGCGCCGCGUCGUUGAUACACAGGUGGGCUACAUCAACAUCGACUGCGAGCACCUUCACUCCCACAGCCCCGACCUCUACGACAACCUGGUCAACUACCCUACCGAAGUCGUGCCGCUCUUCGACUCAGUCGUGCAAGAGCUCGUCAACGAGGAGCUGGCCCGACGGGGAGACAUGCAAGAGGGCACAGUGCUGCAGGUGCAGGUGCGCACGUUCAACCUGAUGGACCUCAAGUCGAUGCGGGACCUCAACCCGACCGACCUCGACAAGCUCAUCGCGGUCAAGGGCAUGAUCACGCGCACCGGCGCCGUGCUGCCCGACCUCAAGGAGGGCUUCUUCCGCUGCGGCGCCUGCGCGGCCGAGAUGCGCGUGCAGAUCGAUCGCGGCCGCAUCGCCGAGCCGGCCAUCUGCGAGAACUGCAACACGCGCGGCGCCAUGGAGCUCAUCCACAACCGCUGCUGGUUCGCCGACAAGCAGGUCAACAAGCUCCAGGAGACCCCCGAGUCCAUACCCGACGGCGAGACGCCCGCCACCGUCUCCAUCUACGCCUACGACACGCUCGUCGACGUCGCCAAGCCGGGCGACCGCGUCGUCGUCACCGGCAUCUACCGCGCCUCGCCCGUCCGGCCCAACUCCUUCCAGCGCACCACACACGCCAUCUACCGCACAUGCUCGUGCUCGAAGCGGAAGCUGAAACACGUGGACGUGCUGCACUACAAGAAGGAGGAGACGAACACGCUGGGCGUGGGCGAUGAGGAGGCCAUGGGCGAGGUGGACAGCGGCGUCAGCGCUAGCCAGUCCGCCAGCCAGCAGACGGGGUGGUCGGAGCCCUCGCAGCCCUCGCUCUCGCAGUCUACGGCGAGCGCGCCGGUCGUCGAGGAGGGCACCACGGUGGCGGCGCACUUGGAAGAGAAGAAGCGAAAGAUCGAAGAGCUGGCCACGCGUCCCGACAUCUACGAACUCCUCGCCCGAUCCGUCGCGCCUGGCAUUUGGGGGCUGGACGACAUCAAGAAGGGAAUGCUGCUGCAGCUCUUUGGCGGCACCGGCAAGCGCUUCAAGGGCGGUGGCGCCCCUCGCUGCCGCGGUGAAAUCAACAUCCUGCUGUGCGGCGACCCUGGUACGUCGAAGUCGCAGCUGCUGAGUUCGGUGCACAGACUGGCCCCGCGCGGCAUCUACACGUCGGGCAAGGGCUCGUCCGCAGUCGGUCUCACGGCCUACAUCACGCGCGAUCCCGACACCCGGCAGACCGUCCUUGAGUCCGGCGCCCUCGUCCUUUCCGAUCGCGGUCUCUGCUGCAUCGACGAGUUCGACAAGAUGUCGGACCACACGCGAAGUAUUCUGCACGAGGCGAUGGAGCAGCAGACCGUGUCGGUGGCCAAGGCCGGUAUCAUUUGUACGCUCAAUGCGCGCACGUCGAUCCUCGCCUCGGCCAACCCGCGCGACUCGCGAUACAACCCCCGCCUCUCCGUGGUCGACAACAUCCAGUUGCCGCCCACGCUCCUCUCUCGUUUCGAUUUGAUCUUCCUGGUGCUCGACCGAGCAGACCAGGAGAGGGACAGGCGGCUUGCGCAGCACAUCGUCUCGCUCUACACCGACCACGCGAGUCGAUCGCGGCCCGUUCAGGACAUCCUCGAUACGCAGGCGGUCAAGGACUACAUCGCCUACGCCCGCGCUCACGUCCACCCGGUCAUCUCCGACGAGGCGGCCACGCUGUUGGCCGAGGAGUACGUGGCGAUGCGACGACUGGGCCGUGGCCACGGAAAGACCAUCACCGCCACCACGCGUCAGCUGGAAUCGCUAAUCCGAUUGUCCGAGGCGCAUGCCCGCAUGCGCUUGUCGCAGGUUGUCGACCUCGACGCCGUAAAGGAGGCGGCCCGCCUCGUGCGCGUUGCCCUCCACCAGGCGGCGACCGACCCGCGCACGGGCACAAUCGAUAUGGACCUUCUCACCACGGGCCGCUCGGCCACCGCUCGCGAGCGCACGUCAGACCUCGCCAACGCCAUCCAGCAACUCCUCCUCGCCCACACCGGCGGUGUGCGGGUGGCGCAGAUUGUGGACGCCCUUCGACGGCAGUCGUCAGUGGAGGUGUCGGUGGGUGACGUAAAGGACGCCCUCCAACAGCUGUGCUCACAAGGCACCGUGCAGGGCACAGGCGAGGCCAGCAACCCCCUCUACGCCCUCGUGUAA